AGGCAAAACUUGAUGGACAUGUUCCAAUCAAUUACGAUUCUCACUUGAAUCGAAAUUCCGCUUUUUCUGGUGAAACGAAAAUUGUCAAGUGUUGUCAAUGGCUCAGAUUCCCAACCUAGACAAUGCUCCCGUAAAUCUCACAUCUAUUAGGGAACAAUCUCAGAAGGAGCUCAUCAACAUCCUCAAGAAUGUUCGAGGAAAGAAGUGUUUGGUCAUUGAUCCGAAGCUCGGGGACUCUCUAUCGCUUAUCAUACAGACAUCCAUUCUUAAGGAAAUUUUCUUUCCCUUACAUGGAGUUGAAUUGCGGCAUCUCACAGCCGACCCCAUUCAAAGUGACUGCAGCAAAGUGGUUUACCUUGUGCGUGCUCAGCCUAAUUUGAUGAGAUUCAUAUGUUCUAAUGUUCAUGACGACAUAUCAAAAGGACUGCAAAGAGAAUAUCAUGUUUAUUUUGUCCCCCGCCGCACUGUUGUUUGUGAGAAAGUUCUUGAGGAAGAGAAAUUACAUCAUAUGAUUACAAUAGGGGAAUAUCCCUUGUAUAUUGUACCGAUGGAUGAGGAUGUACUGUCGUUUGAACUUGAUCUUUCUUACAAAGAAUGCCAAGUUGAUGGUGAUACAAGCUCACUUUGGCAUAUUGCAAAAGCCAUUCACAAACUUGAGUUUUCUUUUGGAGUGAUACCAAAUGUGAGGGCGAAAGGAAAAGCAUCUGUACGCAUUGCAGACAUCCUAAACCGAAUGCAAGCCGAGGAACCGGUUAACUCAACUGAUAUGGUUGUGCCCGAGAUAAAUACAUUAAUCCUUUUAGAUAGAGAGGUGGACAUGGUGACUCCCUUGUGUUCCCAGUUAACAUAUGAGGGGCUACUUGAUGAGUUUCUGCACAUCAACAAUGGUUCUGUAGAGCUUGAGGCAUCUGUUAUGGGUCUUCAACAAGAAGGAAAAAAAACUAAAGUUCCACUCAAUUCAAGUGACAAGCUUUUUAAGGAGAUUCGGGAUCUCAACUUUGAAGUUGUUGUCCAGAUUUUGCGUCAAAAAGCUACAUCCAUGAAGCAAGACUACACAGAGAUGACAACUACUACACAGACAGUUUCUGAGUUGAAGGACUUUGUGAAAAAGCUGAAUUCAUUGCCAGAGAUGACAAGGCACAUAAAUCUCGCUCAGCAUCUAUCAACAUUCACAUCAAAGCCUUCAUUUCUUGGGCAGCUUGAUAUGGAACAUACAAUUAUUGAGGCCCAGAGUUAUGACAUAUGCUUUGAUUAUAUUGAAGAAUUGAUCCAUAAGCAGGAGCCUUUAGGAACAGUGCUACGCCUUCUAAUCCUGUUUUCUGUUACUAAUUCUGGUUUGCCAAAGAAACAUUUUGACUACUUGAGGAGAGAACUACUCCACAGCUACGGAUUUGAGCACAUAGCAAUGCUAAAUAAUUUAGAGAAAGCUGGACUCUUUAAGAAACAGGAGUCAAAAAGUAAUUGGCUUACUAUAAAACGUGCUCUGCAGCUUGUGGUUGAAGAACCUGAUACGGCCAACCCCAAUGAUAUUGCUUACGUCUUCUCUGGAUAUGCACCACUUAGCAUUCGUCUGGUUCAGCAUGCCAUUCGAUCUGGAUGGCGUCCUGUUGAAGAAAUUUUGAAACUGCUUCCUGGACCUCAUUUGGAAAUAAAGAGGGGUGGAUUUUCAAAUAGCCCAUCAUUUGACUCUUUAUCAGGGGUUUCAACCAGCAUAGCUAAAAUACCCGAUGGAAGGCGUGCUCUGGUGCUUGUUGUCUUUGUUGGGGGCGUUACCUUUGCCGAGAUUUCUGCACUUCGAUUUCUCAGUGCUCAGGAAGGCAUGGCAUAUGAUUUGAUAAUUGCAACAACAAAAAUGGUCAAUGGCCAAACCUUGGUUGAAACAUUUAUGGAAAAGCUAGGUUGAUUAACGAGUGUAGUUUUAUAAUCUCGAGUGCCUUUCUGGUUUAGAGAGGCGAGUUUAUAUUGGAUGAUGCCAAACCAAUGCUAUGCCUAAGCGAAUUCUUGUAGGAUGAUGCCGAACUGAUGAUGUGAUGAAAGCUCUAUUGGUGCUGUAGAAUUGUGUGAUUGGGACAAUUGGGAGGAUAGAAGCCUAGUCUUUCGAGGGGACUAUCUGGAAUUAAUAGUAUGAGGGCUAUUUUUCGCUGUGCUCUUAUUUCAAUUUGUGGCAAAUGAUCGAGCAUUGUAUGCCUACUUAUGUUUGUAGUGUGUUAGUGUUGAUUUUGGUUGAAAAUAUUAAAUGAAAUAGGGGGUGUUUGGUAUGAGAAAUUUUUUAUUGCUGAGAAAAAAAUAUUCUCGGAAUAUGAUAGGUAAUUUUUUUGGCCUGGGUAAGUUACAGAAAGGUGUUUG